CACAAGCAAUAUAAAAUCGGCCGCAUGCUUGGUGAAGGAGGAUGUGGCAGUGUUUAUGAAGGGACUCGCUGCGAGGAUGGACUUAAGGUGGCUGUGAAAUGUUCAGAGAAGACGCCAGACAUGUCAUAUAUCAGUGUGCCUGGUCAUCCCAAUCGUCUGCCAAUGGAGAUUGGCCUGAUGCUCAUGGCCAACAAUGGCCCCAGCGUUUCCCAGAUCAUUAAGCUGCUCGACUGGGAGGAUGACACAGAUCACUACGUGAUAGUCAUGGAGCGACCAGUGCCUUGCGUGGAUUUGUUUACUUUCGUGGAUGAUGAAGAAAAGCUUGACGAGGGGAUUGCAAGAAAUAUUAUGCGGCAGAUCAUUGAUGCUGCUCAAACUUGCUGUGAUCGUGGCGUCUUCCAUCGUGAUAUAAAACUGGAGAACAUCUUGGUGAACCAGGACACCAUGGAGGUCAAAUUAAUUGACUUUGGGUGCGGGACAGUCAUGAAGAAAUCUACCUUCGAAUCCUUUAGUGGCACGAAAGAGUACUGUCCACCUGAGUUCAACUUGAAGGGCAGGUACCAAGCAAAGCCAACCACAGUGUGGACACUAGGGUUCAUCUUGUUUGAAAUGGUGUGCGGGGAAUGCCCUACAUCCUACGACCAUCACAAGAUCAGUGUGAACCUCUGGACCAGACCUGGCUUGUCAAAAGAAUGCCGCCAGAUGAUUUGUGAUUGUCUGCAGCCUGAUCCAGAGAAGAGACUCAGUCUGGACGAGAUGCAUCUCCACGACUGGUUUAAGGUCACAGAGUAAAACAUAACCUCAGAAAACAACUCCUGUCAAGGCCACCCUGUUGUUUUCUGUCUUCAGUCAGCUUUGCGUCUGGUGGACUGACACGAGUGACCUUUCCAUCAGUCCACUCUGGCCUUAGCGUAUUGCAGGCCCUUACCUUGAAUUAAAGCAGUCUGACUGUAUUGCUUGCUUGGGGAUCUGCAAAUAAUAAUUAAUUGU